ACUUCGUAGUUGUCAAAUCCUACGUGCGUUUUGUGAUAUAUGUACUGUAUGUACACUGUAUAUUUCUUACAAGCUUGAUAGAGUAUCUUUUGUUUACUUGUUUCUUAAACCUACCAAGGAAUUUAUAAUGAGUGACGACGAUCGAGACAUCGACAUUGAAAGUGAUGAAGGUGACGAUUCCGAUUCUAGGCAGACGCAUACAAACAAUGCGCAAUAUUAUUCUCAAGAAGGUGACGAUUCCGAUUCUAAACAGAGGCAUUCAAACAAUACGCAAUAUUAUUCUCAAGAAGGUGACGAUUCCGAUUCUAGGCAGAGGCAUUCAAACAAUACCCAAUAUUAUUCUCAAGCAGAAAAACGGGCACAUCAUAAUGCGCUGGAACGGAAACGUCGGGAUCACAUUAAGGAUAGCUUCUCCAGUCUUAGAGACUCUGUACCUGCGUUGCAAGGAGAAAAGGUUGCAAGUAGGGCACAAAUACUGAAGAAAGCUGCUGAGUAUAUACAGUUUAUGCGACGCAAGAAUUCUUCUCAUCAACAGGAUAUUGAUGACUUGAAACGCCAGAAUAGUCUCUUGGAGUCUCAAAUUAGGGCACUUGAGAAAGCAAAGAUAACAGGCAAUUUCGCUGCUGAAACUUGUGAAGUCACAAAGUCAGAAGGUGUACCAAUGCCUGGAUACAAUGACACAGAGUCUGAAUCAUCAGAUAGUGAAACUAGCAGGACAGUUCGCCAAUCAAAAAAACUGAAAGUCGGAGGCCUCCACCAUUGACCAAUGGUUUGAUCUAAUUUUUGUUUUGACAAAAAUUUAUUUUUCCGUUACUAUUAAACUCCAUAUAUAUAUUUAUUUACAUAAAAUGGAGACACUUAGUGAAUGGAGUCUUUCAGUGGAAUCUUGAAUGUCUUAAAACCGGUGUAGAAAAUAUUGUACAAAUUAUAAGCAAUGCUAUUGCUUCAUUCAAAGAUUCAUGAAAUAAUACAUUACGAACACUUUGGAGUAAAUUCUUAAAAUUUGUUAAAAAAUUGGAAUUAUUUUAUUUAUGAAAAUAGUUGUUUAAUAUAAAGGAAAUAAUGUAUUGUGAGGUGUUUUGAUUUAUACUUCUAAAUUCUUAUACUGAUAAACUAAUUGAAUUUAAUUAAGGUUGUGCUAUUAGUAACCACUUUAUCAAUACAAAUUCAAGCAAUA